AUUGCGAAUAGAAAUGCCGUUGGAUUUAAGUUAGCUGGAUUCUGCGGGAAAGAUGUUAAACUCUGUUGACCCAAAAUUUCGUCCAUGGCACAUCAUACAAAAAGAGUUCGAAAAAUUAUAUCAUGAAGAUCCUCAUCCAACUGACGUCGCAAGACAACGCGAUCCAUCUCUCUGUUUAACGCAUGGAUUCCAUCAUCAGAAAAGUUUUGCAUUCAGGGACAGUAUUAGAUGUACAGCUUAUAGAAGCAAUGUCUUAACAGAUGAGUUCAUAGUGAACUCUGGAUUUGGAAACAGCAAUGUUCUUCAAUUGACACCAUUCAGAAAAGAUGCUCAAACUGAAGAUACUGAGCAUGAUACAUUGAAGAAACACACAGGAAGUAAGAAUGAAUUUAAUCUCUCUUCUAUUCCACCGUUACAACAUCUGGUAUGGGCAUCAAAGCACAGAUUGUUCGUUGGAAUAAGCAGCGACAAAAACAUGAGAGUUUUCUCUGACACAAGAAAUCGUUGUCAGAUUUUGUCUGCACCAACAUGUUGUGCAAUGCCGGUACUCAGUAUGGUCUAUCUGGAUGAAACAGAUGAGGUUGUCACUGGAGGAAUCGGCGUUAUACAACCUUGGAAAAUUAGAUUUUCUAACCCUAGGAGAAAAGGAACCGACAAGAAAUCAGGUGCGCAGGAAAAGAAGACAGCAACGGGGAAAAGAACCAAGCAAAGCAGCUCCAAGGGCCGUGGUGGAAUACCAGAUACAACACAUACCGAAUUCGGACAAGGAAGACAAAUGCUGCAGCCUUGUCACCCGUAUGAAUGUGACGUCAUGAGAAAUGAAUGGGUCCUCAACAUGAGAAUAUACAAUGAGUCAAAUACGAGAGGAAGUGUUGCUGGAGGAUCGAGACACGUGCUGGUGGCCACAAGUGCGGAUGUAAUAGUUGCAAUUGAUUAUAUGACACGAGAACAGAUAUGGAGCGUUAGGCUGCAAAGUCCUCUGCCUUUUAUAAUUGGGGAUAAAACAGAUAAAGAAUCUGUACCUGAAGAUGAUUCAGCUCAAAAUAUCAUUUCUAAUUACGUCAUAAAAGGCCAUGUUUCAUUUACUGUUUGUGAUUUUUUUCCUCGGUUCGGAUACUUUAUUACUGGAGGCGGAGAAGGUAUGAUUCAGAUAAUGCACAUGGUUAAUUUCGGCACAGUCACUACACUUCUCGGUCACCGUUUGGCAGUUACUGGUCUUGUAGCCCACAGCAAACACCCGAUUCUUAUCAGUUCAUCAAAAGAUGGUUCAAUUCGAAUUUGGUGUCUUGAAACAUUUCGGGAAAAUCAGCGAAUAGAUACAUGUCAAUUGAUUGAAAACAUAACCCUGAGUGACAGCAGCAAUUCGUUCUUUCUACAUAGCAAGAGAAAGAUUAGCCUCUACUAUUACCACAAUCUCUACUCAUUAUAUUCAAUUCCUCACUCAACUCCGGCAACACUCUGUCCAAUCAGUGGAGAUGUAUCAUUUUCACGUCAAGGGAGAAUUCUUGCUGCUUUAGCGGAUGGAUCUGUAGCAAUUCUAUCACCAAAUACAGGACUCAUGCUUACCAUGAUAUAUCCGAUGACAACGUUCCAGAUAUUCACCGAUAUUACAUUUGAUAUAUAUUCUGGAAUGAGUUAUAUCAAGCUACAGGAUGGAAGCAUAUUACAAUGUGAUUGCACUAGUAAUCCGUCAGUUCCUCUGCAGCGAUUUGUACCUGCCAUAACGUUUGAUGAAGAUGUGUGCAGUCUUGCAUCUGUUCGGAUAAAAUUUCGAGACAAAUCCACUCCAGUAACUGCUAUCAUUGCAGGAUUAUGUAAUGGUCAAAUCGUUCUGGUCAGACCUAAUAUGAUUUGGAUGAAUAAUGUGCAGGCCCACGCUGGUGCAGUGCGAUUUCUAUUGACAACUGAAAAUGUAUAUACAAGCAAGCAAGAAGAUUUUGCACAUUGCGACGACCAAGUAUUCAGCGUUGGUGCGAGUAGUAUACGAAUCUGGAAGGUUCUUUUGAAAACAGAUUUCUUUGGUCAACCACCAGCAAAUCGUGGAAAAGUUACUGAAUUCGAAUUCACGCUGCAGCCUGUUACAAAAGUCUUUCUACCGGGACAGUGUCUUCAUCCAGUGUUUGUAGCUGCAAUUAGCGAUAGACUGUGUUUAGUGAGAGAAGAUAGUCACAUUGUUAUCAUUGAAAUUACGAGAAAAUCUGAACCAUCACCACGAGAAGAGAAAGAAAUAUCCUACAUUCCAAAUGCUGCAGAUAAAAUACAACGUUAUCUAAUCGACGAAGACGAAAAGAAACUUGACUUCUCAAAACUUAGUCGAAAUGAACGAAUCGCCAUUGAAGCAGCUUUGGAAAAGCAUAGACUGUCGACAUAUCUUACAGCUAAUCAAAGUGUGGGAAAUCUGUUACGCAUGAAAGAAAGAAGUAACUUAAUUCAUACUCACAACCCGGAAGACGAUCACAAAGGCAGGAUCACAGCAUUAUCCAGUUCUCCGGGUCUUAGAUUCUUUGCAAGCGCAAGUGUGGAUGGUUACGUUAAAAUAUGGGAUGAAAUGAACAGGUUAUUGAGGGAACUUUGCUUUCUGCCAAAUCCAGUUACAGCAAUAAGUUUCGUUAAUGGACGAGAUCUUCUUGUGGCAUUGGAAGGAAGAAUAUAUGCCAUUGAAUGUUCAACUUUUCUGACGAAGUCUUUAAUAACAGAACGUCAAAUAGCCGACUUAAAAUUUGAGGACAUGGCAAACGAGGCGGCUUUAAAAUACGACGAUGACAUAAGAGUCAUAUCCAAGAUAGAAAACCUUCCAACAAUUCAGCUUAUGGGUAACAUGAGACAAUUGGUACCGGAUGAAAUGGUUGAAGAAAAUAUCAGACGUUUUAUGAUCGCUGAUAAAUACAGUUCAAGGAGAUUAGAUCGUAGUGACGUCGCUAUAGGUUUGCCAUCACCAAAACCUUUGGACUAUUUUGACCUUCUUAAUGCUACAAUGCCGAGAAAGAAUGAUACAACUUCGGACGAAAGCAAGCAAGUACAAGAGCAACAUCGGGCAGGAACUCGGACAGAACUUUGGAAGGAUUUGUUUUCAAAAAUUAAUGAAGAAAUUAAAAGAGGAUCAAUAGCAAUGUUCGAAGACGAAGAGAAAAUUGCAGAAUUUUUGAAGAAAAUUGAGCAAAUUGAAAUAAAGCAUGAUGACACAGAUACGCGAGAUUUUUCUACUUCAAAAUCCGAUUUUAGUAGUGGUGAUACUGGAGGUGUUAAUAGCAUGUCUGAACUUUCAAAAAAAGAGGGGAAUGAAAAAGAGGACACGAAUGAAGAAAAACAACCUAAAUUUCCAGUAGCACCAGAUGGAUACGUUCCAAAUUCAAUAGUGAGAAAGCGCGUGAAGCCGCCACCACCUCCGCCCGAAAUCCAAGCUGAAAUAUUUAAAUUAAAAGAAGUCGCAACAGAUAAUAUUCAUUGGGCAACCGCUGCUGCUGCUGAGGCCAGUACCGCCACAUUAAAUUAUGAAGAAUCGACUUUGAGCAUGAUGCGUACGUCUAUAAUGCUGGCAGGAAGUGACUUCGAUUUGGAAAACGCGGAAUCCAUUUUGCAGCAAUACUACAUGAAUCAGCAAAAAGAAGAAGCAACAGACAUCGAUGAAGACGACGAUUACAGCGAUUUCGAAAAGUAUUCUAGGCAAACAACUCGAUCAUCAGGUAAAGAUCAUACUUUUCGAAGAUUGGGAAACACCCUAGAAUCCCCCAGCGAAAAAGAACGAGUAGUUACUUUCGAGCAACGUAAAGGCAAAGGAAGAGUUCCAAAAUAUACUUCCCAAGUACGUGGAUUGUACGCAGAUUCCCAAAAUGAAGAAGAGGAACAAACAGAAGAUAUUGUUGAUCCUGUGGUGCUUCUUCCCGCUAAGGAAUCGUUUUCAGCAAUGUCCAGAAUGAUGCAGGAAACUGUAGCUGUUGAAAUGCAGACAGUACAACCAAGAAAAGCACCAUCUACGUUGCGAACAAAACCUGACAUGAAAGCAAAACUACUCAAAACCAGAACGGACAAAUUAAAAGUUAAAGAUGUCAUAACAAUUCAUCCUUUACUCGAGGAAAUCACAAAAGCGUUGUGGUUCAGGAAAAAACUGUCGAAUGUUACAGCAGGAACAGUGACUGUCGCACUUUUGGAAAUGGGGAACACUACAAGAGUGGUGGCUCACGAAAAAGCAUGUGAAAACUUAACCAGACUUGUCAGAGCGUUUGGACCAACGGGAACAGACAGAGGCGAAUUUGGCAAUAUUCUUAGCGAUGAUAUUAUAGACCGAAUAGAACUUUUUAUCGCGUCUUACCUUACUCCGAGAUUCAGCAUAACGGGAGUUCAAAGUGAAGAAAUAAAACGAGAAAUAGAAGAAAGCAGGAAGAAAAAUCCGAACAGAGUUCAACUUGCUCACAAUGCUCUCGAUGCCAUUGAUGCUGGAAUUGGAAUGUCUGAAGAAAUUUCGUGUGGAAUUCUAAGACUAUCAGCAGAUGAAAAUGAAGACAUAAAGAAAAAGGCGAUGAAAAUCCUUACUGAAAAACUAAACAUUGAUUCCUGGGAUAAACUGGCAUCAAAACUUCGAAGUAUAGUCGGAGAUGACGUGGUAAUGCCACCCGAAGCUCAUUCAAAAAAUGAAAAAGAGAGUUUGCAUUCACUUUUACAAAGAGUAAAAACAGGUCUUUUCACUCUUGCGAACGCUCCAAGGAUGGCAGAACGAUUGAAUCUUGUUAUAUCUCAAAGAAGGCAAAGUGUAGAUGAUGAAGAAUCCAGAUCCCAAACUCAAUACUCGAGCAGUAUAUCAAGCAACAAAGUCUCGAGCAAAAAAUCCAGCUUGCCUAAAGACAAAAAUAGCGAAAAAACAUCAAGCACAAGCACGUUUAAAACCAGCAGUAGGAAUAAAGAUUCAACAACCGUUGACGAUGAACACUUUGUUGCUGCUGGAGAUGGGGAAAGUGUGAGCUCUAAAGGGUCAGCUGGUAAAAUGACCAGAUUUAGACGAGAUUCAAACUCUGCGGAAAGAAAGAGAAAUAUGAGAUUUCAACCGAAAGAGGCAAGAGAAAGAAAAAAGUUCACGGUGGAAAAAGAAGAGGUUAUAGAGAGGCCGUAUGAAGGUGGCAAACCAUUCACGAACUAUCCAAAAAUUAAUUGGAAAAAAGCAAUUCCAGAGGAAACAAAACGUACAAUCAAAAUGAUGCGAACAAUGAAAACGGUACAAACGGCAGUUCGAAUGCAACGGCGGCGUUCUUCACAAAAUGAGCCCCGACGUAUUUCACAUCAUGAACCUUCGAAUCAAUCCUCAACUAUCGGGUCAACCAACAGCCGGAGUUUGGAUCAAGCAGAGAAAGUGUCUUGUGAAAAAAUAUCAACACGUUUGUCGCAAACAAAAAUGAUUCCUAUACCAGACAAUGAGGUUUCUCGGAGAGCAACAAUUCAUGUAAAAGAAGGUCCUAAGUCGGAGCUCGAACUGAUAUGCGAACCAAUACAUGUGAAAAAGACUUCAAUAAUUGGAUCUGUGGACAUACCUUACAGCACGGCAUCUGACAAUGCCGAAGAACGUUUGUCAAAAAGGCGUUCGACUAAGUUUAGCCAAGAAUCAUUUGAUGACACUGCAAUAAGUGUAAUGAGUCAACCUUCAUCACAAGAAGCAAAUUUGUCACAUUCGCAAUAUAACGUCACAACAGUGAAUAGCAGACAAAAUAUGGCUGAAGAACACGCAAGGUGUACCAAUGCAAUGUCGAACGCACAAUUAUCGGUGGACAUGCCAGAGACUAAAGACAAUCAAUCUCCUGUUGUUAAUGUUGAAUAUAAACCUGAUCGUUCUGGACAAUACUCGACGGAAACAAUUUCAACCACAAAUAAUUCUAUUUUAGCUUCAGAAAGUCUAGCAAAGCCACAGCACAUUUCAAUCAGCCAGUUAUCUUCAGAAAAAGAGAGUACAUUACAGAACAUGCCAGAUACUGGAGUUGUUGAAAAUUCAUCUAACGAAUCCAAAUGUUAUUUAUCGGAUACAACUCUGACUCCAACUCCGCCGAUUUCUGCAUCUUCACAUUUUGCAGAAGAUGUUUCCGAUAGUGGAAAUACGGCUGGAUUUCGAUUGCCAAUGCUUCCCGAUAAACAUCAUUUAUCCACUAUGGCGUCUCUUCCUGAUGUAAAUGACAUUCGUCAACCAGCAUCAGCUAUAUUUUCAAAUCGUCCACUUGACAGCGCUCUUGGUGGAUCGGUAUCAACAAACGUUUUGCAAUCAACCGAUCAAGACGAGGAAAAGUGCUCAACAAAUGCUGUUUCAACAAAAAUACACAAAUAUAAAAAAAGCAGUUUGGUUCAUCAAGAUUCUGGAUAUACAUAUACUGACCAACGGUCGACGGAUGUUGUCAGCAGUGAUUGGAGAUCCAGCCUCAAGAGAUUGAAGCAAGUAAAAUGUUCUCGUAAAACAAAUUCUGAAAAUCACGACAACAUUAAGAAACGUCUGACGCUUCCUCCGAUUCCAAAAGAAAUCGUUGGCGGUGGCACGUUGCCCAAGAAUGUAUACGCUACAUCACCAGGUGAAAGACUAGCUACUGAUUACAUAGUCAAAUCCAACGAUAACGAAGCGACAAAGACAAAUGAAAAGCAGACGAUAAUUUGUCCUCUUCCUGGUAGACAUGGAGCACAAACAUGUUCAAAAUACACAGCAGAAAGCAGGUACGGAGCACUUGCUUUCAGAUGGGUAAACCAGCCAGCCAGACGUGUACAACAUGGUGGAAUGGUGGAUAGCUACAAAAUCUCGUCAAGCAAGCAAAGUUUCAAGAAGGAGCUGUAUACAACAUGUCGAAAUUACACAUCACGGACAUGCAAUGAACCAUAUUUGUGCGAACUUCGUAAACGAGAGAAUAUGUCAGUCUUAUUUAGAGAUCAAGACUUUGGAGGCCCAAUGCCUACUCCUGUAGCAAAUUACAGAUCUAUGUAUUGGGAUGAUAUUAUGAAUGCAAGGCCCUAUAAUGCUAUAGAAGUGCGAAGACAAAAUCCAGUUUCUUUGUAUCAAGUAAAGAGUAAAUCACUGAAAAAAUUGAUGAAAUCUGCUCGUGAAUUGUCCCAGAAGAAACUUCUGAAACUACCUCGGAUUCAAACGGAAUCAGUGGCAUCCGGCAGAAGAUCAAUAACGGUUCGAAUUCCUUCCUGCAAUUCAAACGCUGUGAGCAUAACACCGCAUGAUUUAGCUGAAUACUAAUUUUUUCCAACUAUUGUGUUCAUUCUAUGUUCAAUGAUAACAUUUUUUUAAUAAAUCUUUAAUACUGAAAAUAACGUAAAUAAACGCUAA